AUUGAAUUUAGUUUGUAAAACACAUUUGAACCCUAAACACAGCGGUAGUAGAAGAAAGUCUCAACAAACCCAAACAACAAAUUUAAAUUGAAAAUUUAACAAAAAAAAAUCCAUUUUAAAUCAAUUUUUUUUAAAAAAUGUGUUUCAAAAAUUCCUUAUUAAAAAUACUCUUUCUCUCUGCAAUUUUCAUAAUUUAUGGUCAAGAAAUCGAGGCUCAAAGAAACGUGGGAGGUCGUGGUGUAUUACGACGUAAUUAUACGGGUAAAAAACCGGUAGUAAUACAACAUCGUACACCAGAUGCCGCCAAUUAUUAUGAUCAUGAAAAUGGUGCAAAAAUUAUAAAAUCUUCUCAUUUUGAAUUGGAUUAUACGUUGGGCCGCAAGAUCACAUUCUUUUGUAUGGCAGAAGGUAAUCCACGUCCUACUAUAACCUGGUUUAAAGAUGGCGCCGAAUUGUAUCAGCAUCGUUUCUUUUAGGUCCAUGAAUCCCAUAUAGACAAUAAUAUUAUCAAGUCGAAAAUGGAAAUUGAUCCCACAACACAAAUGGAUGCUGGUUAUUAUGAGUGUCAAGCGGACAAUAUUUAUGCCAUCGAUCGUCGAGGUUUUCGCACUGAUUAUGUUAUGGUUAACUUUUAAAAUUCUUAAAAUUUAUUCCUACUUUUUAUAUACGUUUUUCUUUUUCCAAAUUUUAUUUUAAAUAAAAAUAAACAAACUCAUAAUUGG